AUGGCUUCACAAGCAACCGUUCCAACGCCUCUCGCAUCUACUUCCACAGUCAUGAACACCGACUCAGGCCGGUUACUUGUAUCGCCACCCCAGAACUCUGAAACGGCACCCCCACGGCGGUAUCAGGAGCUAUUAUCCCGAGUUUUGGAUGGUGGGAUUGCUGUUGGGAUUGCGGUGGUGGCUCAGUUGUUGAUGGCUGGAAUCCAGGGGGUGUUGAACGUCAACAGCAACAAGGUCGAAUUUCCUCCAUCAGUUGUAGCAAUGGCGGCUAUCUUUGGGCUGUUUUGUGCGUGCGGGUGUAUCUUCCCAGGUGCAGAGGACUUUUACCGGAACCACCUCAAGAGACCGGCCGACCUCCUCAACCGGCACAUGUCUAUUGGUUUCACGAUUCCAUUUCUUAUGAUCUGCAAGGGCUCGCUCACAGAUGUCUGGGUUAUUGGGCCGAUUAUUGGUUGCUUUGUCCUCACCGGCCUUUUCAACACAGUUUUGUCCUAUGUGCUAGCUCUUCCACUUCAAUGCCUCAUGGUGCGGUGGGACUCUGGCAGCUGGUCUUCGUCAGACAUCGAAAAGGGGUCACCAACAACUGAAAAAGAGAGACAGAACCCCAAACUUCGUUCACCAGUCAAAUCAGUAUGCGAUUCCAUGGACACAGAGGAGUUUUCUUUGGGUGUCACCCCGCCUGAAUCGAUGACCCCUGAUUCCAAGGCCUCGCCAACUCACCCUGUAUCGUUUUCAACAUCAGCUAAGCUCUGGUGUCUUGCAAACCCAAUGCUCCUUCUCAUGUGGACCUUAACUCUCACCAUUGGCCUACCUCUCCGCGUCUGCCUUGCUCUCGAUACACCACUAUCCACCUUACUGCUAUUCGCCCUUUGGCUUUCAACUUUAGCCAUUCAAUCAUCGCUCAAAACCUCCCCUUACCUCCGCCCAUUCGCCCGCACACUCCUCUCAGGCCUCUUCAACGCCGUCCUCUGGACCUCCCUCACAAUGGCAGCCUACCUCCUCCUCGACGGCCACCUCUCCUCCCGCCCCCUCCAAGCCAUGCUCACAACCCUCGAAAGCCACAACCCUUUCUCCAGCGCGCUCCUCAACAGCUUUUCCGUCCCCCUCACAGCAGGGGACGUCGCCCUCUCCAUCCUCAACGCCGGCCUCGUAUCCUGGGGCCUCAAACUCUACGAAUACCGCUUCCAGCUCUUGUCUCGCGCAGGACUAACAGUCUUCACCGUCUCGUCCCUCAUCGCCCUAGGUAACGUCUCCUGCGGCCCCCUCCUCGCCCACACAAUGGGCGUCGCCCCCCAAGGCCGCGCCCUCGCCUUCGCCGCACGGAGCGUGACCCUCGCGCUAGGCAACCCCGUGCUGGACACCCUAUCAGCAGACAAGUCCCUCAACGCAGCAAUGGUGGUCAUAAGCGGGAUCGUCUAUCAAAUGUCGCUCGGGCUUGGUGUCGGCCGGUUUUUGGAAAAGCAUCUUGUCAACAUUGGGGGCCGCGAUGAUCACACCAACGAUACCACCACCACCACCAAAGGGGAAAACGACCCCCGAACCGUCGCGGCAGGCGUAGCAGUGGGCAUCAACGCUGCAGCAAUGGGGACUGCCUAUCUCUACGAGACGAAAAGCGAGGCGGCGCCGUAUUCGGCCCUGUCGAUGAUGGCGCUGGGGAUCAUGACGGUGGUAUUUUCGACGAUUGGGCCGCUGGUGUCGUGGGUGUUGGGGAGUGUGGGUGCCUAG